AUGUAUUUUAAUGAAUCAGACAUUAGUCUCGAGUGUAAAACCGUUGCAAACUAUGUGAGCGCUCAUCAAAACGAGGACUGGGCUCUCAAAUUGAUUGAUGCGAGUGGUGUAGUGGGUGCAGGUCUGGCCAAAGGGAACUACCAGUUUAUGGGAGACUUUGAUGAAUGUCUCGAUGUAAAGGUGACAUUAGAAGGGGACCAGAAAAUACAUGGCAUUACCGGUCAAUAUUGUACGCUAAACCUACCCAUGGAAGCGGUGGUUGGCCGACGAUCAUCCAAAAAUCAAGCAUUGGAUAUCGAGAGCUUACACUUAACCCCCACUAUUGGAGUGGUGUGUCUCGUGAUGGACACCGGCUCUCAGUCCUAUUGGAUCCGAGUGUACGAUAUGCAGCAAAAGGUGUUGGCGUUUGAACAGGAGUUGUAUCACACCAUCCAAUACAAAGUGGUGAAACCCAACUUCCAUACCUUCUCGACACCGGACGGACAGGUAGGCCUCAACUUCGCCAACCGAGAAGAGGCCCAAUACCUGGGCGUUGCGGUCACUGAAAUACACGACCGGCAGAUGGAAAGCCUGAAAAGCUUGGGUUGGAACCAAUUG